CGGAUUGUGCUCGUCUGUAUGGGCGUGCGUGUUGUCCAUGCUGCCGUCGCUACGCCUGCUGUUUGCCUUCAUCCCGACAAAAACGGCAACGGCCAUUUGUACAGCCCGUGUAACCUGACCUCGCAAGACCUCCCACGCGAUGUAUAAUCUGUAUGCGGCUGUGCUGCUGGCCCUUUCCUCUGUUGGCCUGGUCAGCGGUGGCUGCAUCGACCGAGACCCCGCCGAGUGGCCGGUGCACGACAUAUCGGAGCUGCGGAAGAGAUCAGAGAAGGAGCUGUCCGCCAUAUUCGCAAAAGGCACGCGCACGUGACGCCCACACACACCGACCAACAAACCGCCAGCCAGCCAGCCAGCCAUCCGUCCGCGCGUGUGUGUGUGCAGGUUGUGUGGAGGAUGAGAGUUUUAUGUUGGGGACCAAGUACUUCGAGAUGAUCUGGGUGGACCUGCCGGAGCCCUUCCGGUCGGCCUACACGGGGCUGUUCAACCUGGCCUGGCAGGGCUUCUUCGUACAGAAGACUGUCUGCAAAGGUGAAGACCUCUACUUCUACUUCGUCCUCCUCAACCCGUUCGACGGCGGCAAGGUGUGUAACCGUGCGAAGCGAAGCGAAGCAACACGACGAGGGCGACGCGGGCGGCAUGUUUGUGUGUGUGCCAUGCAGAUAUUUGGUAGCCAGUAUGGCUGGUUCACUGCGAAGCUGACGAAGGGUCAGCUGCCGGACGAAAAGCAGCGGAUCGAUGACGCUCCUUCUUACCUGUUCGACUACCGCAUCACCAAGGAGGAGUGCCCAGACCAAGUCUCGCCAUUCGGCCGGCUGGUCCGUGCAUGAGACCCACACACAGACACACACACACACACACGCACACAGAGGCAGAGAGAGAGAUAUAUAUAGAGCAGUGUGUGCCGUGUCUUGAUUGGUGGAUGUGUGUGUGCAGAAGUACCCCUUCGACAACCCUCCAAUCCUCAACACGGUGUUGGACGAGGGGCGGAUCGUGGGCAUCGACAAGGAGAACAGGCCCAUCAUACUCAUCCGCAUAUUCUUCGAAGUCAUGCCCGGCAAGUUCGUCCUGUGGGAACACGGCCUCAUGCUCGGCAACCCUCUCGACGGUGGCACCGCCUGACUGACCCUACUGACCAAUUGAUGCCUGGAUGGAUACAUGGAUGAGUGCACUGCAGUGCAAUGCAGUGCAGUGCAGUGCAAAGCAGGAAAUGCUAUUUUGAGGCUUGUUUUAGCCAUUGAAAACACGUUUAGACCCUCUUUACUUAGCUGACACUUGACCAACACGGUCGAUGCAGCUGCUCGUGCAGGGUGGUGCUGAGGGGGUGGUGCGUGGGAGUGGCAGUGACUACGUGAGACGACAGACGGGGAUGACAUUCAUGGAUGCAUCACAUGGGGCCAACCGGUCUGUUGUGUGCACACGCAGAUGAUCUCUCUCUCUGUCUGGUCAGACAAGGGCAUGGUCACCUGAAUGAUCUGUCCGUCCUGCCCUUGCUCAGCACCGCUUCCAUCUUGCUCUUUGCCAGCAUCGCGACUGUGUUGGAUAUCGACGUCGAGGAUUUUUUUUUAUUUUUUUCUUUUUUUUUUAAGGAGAGAUAAUUGACAGAUGGCAUCCAUGCACUCGCUUGUCCAAAUCGCCUCCAUGAAUCU